GGGAAGUAAAAAGAAACCAACACAAAUAACACGCCUUCCAAGCAAUCAAGUUUUUUUUUCUUUUCUCACUGCUGCAUUUUAACCUCUCUGUAUUUUGUGUUAUAAGAGAUAUAUAUGUUAUACGCCUAAUCGGUAAACAUGGGGGAAACCAGAUUACCGCGUCAUAUGUUUCUAUGGAUUAUGACAAUUAUUUACAUGUUUGCUUUUGCAUCCCUCUACGUCCAGAUACCAGGCCUCUAUGGCAAUGAAGGGGUUUUGCCGGUGCUCCAGAUGGAGCCCCACAUGAGUGACUCCAAGCCAGUGUUCGAGUACCUCCGUGAACAUCCCUCCCUUCUGUGGUUGAUGCCUCGCCUGGGUCUCGACUUGGAUGCCCAGCAAGUCAUGGAGCUACUCUGUCUGACAGGGGCACUGCUGUCCCUGGGAGCAGCCCUGCUGGAGCCCCUCCGAGACAGCAUCACCUUCUUCUGCCUUUGGGCCCUCUAUCUCUCCCUCUGCCAGGUGGGUGAAGAGUUUCUGCAUUUUCACUGGGACAGUCUGCUUUUGGAAGCAGGUUUCCUGGCAGUGCUCAUUGCUCCACUGAACCUCCUGCGGCGUCGCUCAGUAUUCCGUCACCAUGAUGCUAUGACCUUCUGGUUGGUGCGCUGGCUCCUUUUCCGGGUCACCUUUGGCUCCGGGGUGGCCAAGCUGGCCAACCACUGUCCUAGCUGGUGGGGGCUCACUGCUGCAAAGCACAUGGUUGAGACCCAGGGCAUCCCGUCCCCCUUGUCUUGGUUCCUUCGGCAGCUGCCAGACUGGUACCUGAAGCUGGUGACUGUCUCUAUAUUGGUGAUGGAAAUUGCUGUGCCCUUCCUCUACUUCGCCCCCAUUCGCUAUCUCAGAUUGGCAGCCUUCUACCUACAGGCAGCAUGCCAAGUCCAGUUAAUGCUGUAUGGGAACUAUGGCUUCCUCCCUCUCCUAUCCCUGGCUCUGACAUUCUCUCUUUUGGAUGAUGACCACGUCAGCUACUGGUUGGGCCACAGCAAGAGGAGAGCCAAGACCUGGCCACAAACCAUAACAUCAUUGAUAGUGUUGCUGAUGGAUUUAGCUGUUUUUGCCAUCAUCACCUAUGGAACUAAAGUUCUUUUUACUCUGGAGAUCGACUGGGAGGCCAAGACAAUAUCCUCCAAAACCGCCUUCACUCAGCAGCAGUUUGAAAAUUGGAUGAAGCUGGUGACAGUGCCCACUGUCUGGGUAGGAAUUCUCUCUCUCACCUGGGAGGUGGUUGCAGCAAUGCUUGGGUGUGUGUGUGUUCGAGGGUUUCUCUGGAAACUAUGGGGUCUCGUCCAAUGGGCUGUGUUUGCCUCUGCUGUGGUCGCUGUGUUCACUCUCAGUGUGGUGCCCUACUCGUCCAUAAUGCAGAUAUCUAGCAGUAAGAUCCUACCGGAGGUGAAAAAGGCCUACAGCCUAGUGGAGCGCUACAGACUCGUCAGUGCCUACAGACUGGAUAACAAGAUUAACAGUGUGGAUGGGAGGCCAGAGAUAAUUUUAGAGGGCAGCAUGGACAAAAACACCUGGACGGAGAUAGAGUUUAUGUACAAGCCAGGGAAAGUGGACGUGGCCCCUCCAGUGGUGACACCCCACCUGCCACGGUUAGACUGGCAGAUGAGCCAGGCAGCACAAAGAACGGCUGAACACAGCCCCUGGUUCACUGGCCUUGUCCACCGCCUCCUGCAUGGGAACAAGGAUGUGGUGAGGCUGAUCCAGACAGACUCAGUCCAGUACCCCUUCAGCCAGGCCCCUCCAGGCUACAUCCGAGCCAGACUCUACAAAUACUUGUUCACUCAGACUACACAGGACGGGUCUACUCCUAAAGCGUGGUGGAGAAGACACUUUGUUGAGGAGUUCUAUCCCACAGUGCAGCUGGGUGACCCCAUCCUGAAGGCUAUGCUCAGUCAACACAGACUCACGGAGCAGAUUCCGGUCCAGCCCAGUUCCAACUGUCUUCUGGCCCAGGUUUUGCAACUGGUGCGGGGCCACAUUCAGGCUCUACCUGUCCACCUGGUGCUUUGGUCCCUUUUGGCCACUGUCACUUCCAUCUGGCUUCUCAAAACCCUGGUCUCUGGGGCCCUGGGGGGCAGAAAGUGUAAAUCCUUCCAGUCCGAAUCAAAAGUCAAGAAGAUGAAGGACCACCCAGCAGAGAGAAGCGCCCCAGCCUCCAUUCUCAAAGCAGAGAACGAGAACUCAGUGGAGAGGAGACAGGAUGCUGACGUGAGCUCUAGGAAAAGAAAGUGAUGCGGGACUGCUGCCAUGAGACUUCCUGGCAGGAGUGUUGUCAAUCUCAGGUGUUUCCACGGUGACUGCCAAACGGAUCAGCUCUGUGACCGAAACCACCACUUUGGCCUUGUACUCAGUAAAUUGUCCUUUGUGCAAACACAUACUGUACACACACACAUUAACAAAAAACAUGUCUAUUUUCUCUGACUCCUUAUGUCACAAAUAUAAGUUCAGCCUGUGGGUUUGUCUCUUGUUGCAGUGCAGUGCUUUGUUAAGAGUCUAUAUUGUAGCUUCGGCAUUCCUGUUGGUUCCUGCAGGGAGCAUUUGUCAUUGGAUUUGAUACAAAAUCUGAGAAUGCCUUUGUAUCAUUUCUUGUCCAAUUGUUGCUAAUUUUAUCCUACAUUUUUCAUAUGAUGGGCAUGGAUCCAAAGUGCUGCUUUUGGGUUGAGUGUUGUUUUUCUGUAAACAAUGAAAUGCAGAUAUGUGGUUUAAUAUAGGGUAACAUGGGGCCAAAUGCCCCCUGGGGUAAGUCCCCCCCCCCCCCAUGUAACUAUUACUAAAAACACAAUGUCACCAUUCUUUUUUUCAACACCCCCUCUGGCUACCACUAGUCUUAAUCAACUAAAAGUGUCCCCUGUAUCAUCACACCUUCUCAGUCAACUAUUAUUAUUUUUUUCAAAUUUUAAGGACUGCUGGGAUUUAAAACAUUGCCUUAUUUAAAUGAUAAGUUUAGUUUACCUGUGUAAACCCGGCCCCGGAUAAGCGGAAGAUGAUGGAUGGAUGGAAGUUUAGUUUAACUGUAUGAAAUUGCGUUUAAGGAAAAUGUAAGUGGUGUUAAAAAAAAUAAAAUGUCUUAUUCUCCUUAGGAAUCUGAUUCCCUGGGGGGCAGAUCCCUA